AUGAAUUUGUUUGAUUUACCACUAGAAAUUCUUAUAAAAAUAGUUAAACACUAUCAAUAUGAUAAUCAGGAGAAACACAGAAAAAUAUUUGAACAGUUACACAGAUUUCUCAACGAAUGGUGUUAUCAAUUUACGGCUUCUUUAGAAUCAACAAGGGAGAGUAUUGUAACGUAUAGAGAGAUAUGCCAAUCAACAAUAAAUCGUCAUGCAGACGAAAUAGGCAUGCUUACUAUGGAAAUUGACCAUGUGGAGUAUUUUGUAAAAUUAAAUGAGAAAGACUACACAGUUUAUUACCCUGAAUUGCUAAUAGUGAAAAAUAGGAUUUGUCUAUUAAUGCAAGGGAACAAAUACCAGCUGAAUAUCAGAAAUAUAAGACCAAGGUUGAUAAAGGAAACUUAUUGUCUUGGUCGCAGGGCAAGCCUCAAUAUUUUUCAGUUUGAUAAACUCUGGAGAAUACCACUGGGGUUGAGCAAAUUAAAUAUCCAUAACGUAUCUACUUCACAAAACAUUAAUUUGUCAAAUUCUCAAGGAUUGAAAGAACUAAAAUUGUCAUUUGCUUCAUCCCAUUCCGUUUUUCCAACAUGGGUCGCUGGUGGUUUAUUACAUCUUAAGCGAUUAACUAUAAUAUUCAAAGCCGAUGAAAUAAAACACCAAAGCUGGUCUACAACAAUGUAUCGAUUACCUAAUAUAAAGUAUUUGGAAGUUGUGUGUGCUAAUUUAAAGUUUUACAACAUCAUAAGGAGUUUAGGUGAUCGCUCAUUACAAUACAUUCGAUUCACCAUGCGUCAACAACAUUACACUACACAAGAAUUAUCCAGAACACUUGAUAAAAUAAUGAAACCAGAUGGGUUUUAUGUACUUGAUUUUGUUUAG